AUGUCCAACAAUCGCAGUUCAAAUACCUUGCAUAAUAAUUCCCAGGACAAUUUCUCGAACGACACACAAAAUACUCCAAAUGGUACCCCGUUAAAUAGCAACAAUAUACCAAUCCCCUUCCAGUCCUCUACCAACACUGGUUCCCAAUCAAAUCGCAACAACACUCAGGAUGGAAGGACUCUCGCCUUUGAUGGACACUCAAUGCGUAGGAGAUCUAGCAUUAAUGAAACCCCCGUGAGGCAAUUCAGAAAUGUUGAUGAUCAGGUAGAUCAGGGAUCAAUUUCCAUGCGUAGAAGAAGAGUGUUGAAUGAGAGUAUUGAUACUCAACAUGACACUCAAUAUACGCAGUAUGGUAAGACUCCUAUGGUGAUAAGAAGAAUUCGGGCAGCUAGGGGAGAUAUAGGCGAUAUGGGCAGGGAAUUCUUGAUGCAGGAUUUUGAAAUUGAGCGGCUUCCAUACAUUGUGGACGAGGAAAUUGAUCAAGUUUACGAGCGAUUUACCAACUUCUUUUACGAUUUUAAUCCUUUAAAUUAUCCAGACAUAUUGACUGAUCUUGAUAAUGAAAUAAUUAUCAACUCCAGCACAAAUGAAAUCCAAGAGCUCAGCUACUAUGCUAAGAAACUAUUAAAGAUAGUGGAAAUGACCAGUGAAAAGACUUUCCCAGUAGAUCUAGCCCAUAUUGCACUAUUUGACCGCAAGCUAUACCAUUUGAUAGUAAAUUACCCUGCAGAUUGCAUCUGUGAGAUCGAUAAAAUCGUGAGAAAGUGUUUUGAAAAACUGACGACACUGGUCUUUAAUAUUACCGAAUCCGCCAUCAUACCUAGGAUUGUGUUGUACAAUAAACCCGAAUUUGACACAUCCAGACUAUUGGGACCCAAGGACAUUGAGACCCUGGUGUCUCUUAAGGGCAUUGUGGUACGUUUUUCAAAUGUAAUUCCCGAAAUGACGAUGGCGGCUUUCCGCUGUAAUGGAUACAAGCAAAGUGGAUUAAAUCGCGUCACAUGCAACAACGAAAUAUAUGAGCACGUCAUUCAAGGCGAUGUGAUAGAGCCCAUGCUAUGCAAAAAUUGUGGCUCAAGAAAUUCAUUCGAACUAGUGCAUAAUAUGUGCUGUUUCACUAGCAAGCAAUUAAUCAAGUUGAUUGAAUUACCGGAGGUGCUAGGUAAAGGCCAGUUUCCAGCUUCAAUAUCGUUGUAUGCCUAUGAUGAAUGCAUUGACGCGGCUAAACCAGGUGACAGGGUUGAAAUCACUGGAAUUUUUCGUGCAUCAGGUGUGAGAAUGAAUCCCAGAAUGCGCAACUUAUCUACAAUCUUCAAGACAUUUAUUAACGUGCUACACAUUAGGAAAAUUGACAAAAAUUCUGUUAAGGUUCCCCAAAUGGGAAUAUUUGAUUCGACAGAGGAGGGUAAAGCAGAACAUCUUCAUUUGUCUCCUGAACUAAUAUCUCAAAUACUUAAUCUGUCAAGGGACAAAAACAUAUACGAGAAAUUAAUAAAGUCAUUCGCCCCUUCCAUAUAUGGAAGGGACGAUGUAAAGAUGGGUUUACUUUGCCAAUUAUUUGGGGGAUCUAAAAAUGAUAACACGAGGAGCGAUAUACACAUAUUGUUAUGUGGAGAUCCAUCGACGGCUAAAAGUCAGUUCCUUCAGUAUGUACAUAAAUUGUCGCUUAGAGGAAUUUAUACAUCGGGAAAAGGGAGCAGCCAAGUAGGUUUAACGGCAUAUGUUGGUAAAGAUCCCGAGACGCGCGAAUAUAUAUUGGAAUCUGGCGCUGUUGUAUUGUCUGACCGUGGAAUAUGUUGUAUUGACGAAUUUGACAAGAUGAAUGAAUCGGCACGCACUGUUUUACAUGAAGUUAUGGAACAACAGACGGUCACUAUUGCCAAAGCCGGAAUAGUUGCAACGUUAAAUGCUAGAACCGCAAUUCUUGCGUCAGCCAAUCCAAUUAAUUCAAGGUAUGAUCGUCGCAAAGCUGUGGUUGAGAAUAUCAAUUUACCCCCAUCUCUAUUUAGUCGAUUUGAUUUGAUAUACUUGAUAAUCGACACUGCAAAUGAGAUUGAGGAUAGGGCGUUGGCUUUAUCCAUUUGCUCCAAUUUUUCGGACACCCAAGAUGUUGCUCCUAUAGAUCCUCACCUCUUUGCAUCAUACAUUAGCUACGCCCGUGCAAAUUGCAACCCCAAACUUACUCCUAAUGCCAAGGAGAUCAUUAUAUCUGAAUACCUCCGUUUACGUUCAAAUGACUCAGUCCAUACACUCUUCAACGGAUCAACGUUAUCUAACAAGGCACCUUCGGCGAGUACUAGGCAAUUGGAGGCUCUGAUUAGGCUGUCACAGGCGGUGGCCAAGAUGCGAUUGUCCCAUACGGUGGAAGUUGGGGAUGUACAAGAGGCCACUAGGCUAAUGAAGGUAGCAACAUUUGCCAGCCUUAUAGACCCUUCAAGCGGAAAGAUAGACUUUGAUCAGUUGCACAUAGGUCAGACUUUGGUUAAUAUGGAUAGGAUGAGGGAGGUCAAGAGUGUUAUACUUAAGGGUAUAGAUGUGGAGCCCAGUAAUAAGGAUGAGUUAUAUAAAGUUUGCCAGGCAAAUCUACCCAAAUGGUUUGAUUAUAAACUAUUUGAUGAUGCUCUUUUUGAUUUAGAAUCAUCUCUUUCCAUUACAGUGCUUCAAAAUGGUGAUGUGAAACGCACAAUAUUUUGA